AAUUAAUUAAUUGAUAAGAUAUGAUAUGUGGAUAAUCUGUAACAUUUAAUUUAUAUUUUAUUUGUGGUGUGCAUGUGUAUUUAGUAUUAUCAAAAUGGAUACAGCCUCCGAAACUGCGGUUACUUUUAGAAAUAACUCUAAUAGUAUAAAAAGAUGGCGUCCCAGCUCCCUUAUGAACAUAGUGAUUAAGAGUAACAAGCCCGAUUCAGUUCUACAGUCCAUUGAUGUUGAUAAAGAAAUGAAUGAAAAGAAAAUCAGUAGAUCAAAAUCGCUGAACAGUGGUUGGACAACGGCGGUGACUGUUGUUCUCAUUGAAGCAAAGAAUGUAUCACAUUUGCUUCAAGAUGACAUGACAAAGGGACUGUACUGCAAAUUACGGUUGGGAAUAGAAUCGUAUAAAUCGAAAUCAUCUUCAAACAGUAUACACCCAGAAUGGCGUGAGAGGUUCAAGAUGCAUUUAUAUCAUGACAACAUUCUCCAUGUGUCGCUGUGGGAUCGAGGGAACCCGAAAAUAUCAAUAGGCAGCUGCGUGGUGGAUUUAGCGAAAUAUCAAAAGGAGCGUACUCAUGACUUAUGGAUGGAGCUUGGAGAUAGUCCUGCAAAAGUCCACCUCUCCAUAACCAUGUGUGCUGUACGGGCGGUGGUUUCAGAUGAAUGUAUUUGCAACUUCAAUAAAUAUAAAGAAACAUAUUCUAUUUCCAACUUGGAUACGAAUUUGAAUGAUGUUGGAGUGCUCCACGUGAAGGUGAUUGGGGCAAGAGGCCUAGGUUCGAAGCCACGUGCGUACUGCACUCUGCAAGUGGACAAUCAAAAAGUGCAAACGCAUCGAGCUGGUACCACUUCAGAGAUCCUCUGGAACCGCUGCUAUUUAUUCAAUAUAAGCGAUGUAUCAUCCACGCUAGAUCUCAAAGUGUAUGAAAGCUCGAUCGCUAAUACGCUUCUCAACGAGUCUAUAGGAAAAGUGUCGAUUCCAUUGUUGAGGGUAGCGAACAAUGAAAAGCGCUGGUAUGCUUUAAAGGACAGGAAUAAGAGGAAUAGUGCGAGGGGAGACCACCCCCGAGUGCUGCUACAGAUGUCGUUGAAGUAUCAUCCAGUAAAGGCAUCGCUAAAGCUAUUCCAAGCCAAGGAAGAGCAACACGUGAAGAAAGGGAUGAAAUUUGAUAUUGGUCUAUUGUAUAGCAACGUCGUGUUUGUCUCUCACGUAUUCCAGGCAUUGCAACAAAUUAACGAAUAUUACAAACGACUAUUCGAGUGGGACGAUCGUGAAUUUUCAUUAUUCGUAUUAAUUGGAUGGAUUAUCUUCUGCUAUUUUAUACAAAUCUGGAUGAUACCGCUAUCAUUAUUAAUGCCAUUCCUCUGGCAUUGGAUUUGGAAUAGACACCAAGAUAACGUACUCGUCACACGAGAAUCUUUCAACGAAGAUGACUUGGACAUGAAUAAUAAUAUAAAGGAUGAGAGCGACAAAGGUCUGAUAGGUCGAGUUAAAAUCAAUGAAAUACCGCAAGUUACUAUAACAGUUACAAAAGGAAUUGAAAUGAUUGCUUCCUACGCUGAAAGAGCUCAAAACUUAGUCAGCUUCAAGGUACCAUUUAUUAGCUACGUAGCGAUAUGUCUACUUAUUGGAGCGACUUUUGGUCUUUAUCUUAUACCAUACAGACACAUCAUGAUGGCUUUUGGUAUAAUGAAAUUCACAAGGAAAUACUUAUAUCCGAAUCGAGUUUUAAACAACGAUUUAUUGUAUUUCUUCUCAAGAAUACCGGAUGACGCAAUAUUGAAAGAUUGGAAGGAGUUACACAUACCGAAACCGCAGGAGGAUAAUUCUAGAUAUCUGGCAAGAUCUGUCAGCACCUCAAUUUGAGGCAUACCAUUUGCGACCUCCGCUAAUUAUUUGUAUUUAUACGGUAACAUAAUAUUAUGUGUUUACUUAAGACGAACAUACUUUGCGGUGGGUCCAGUCACGUGACCGCUUCUACACGAAUUCUAUUAACGUUGAUGAGUCACGCCUGUCGCUAAGCAUAUUUGUCUAGGACCCAACUUGGUUUGUUAUAUAACGACAGAAAAUGUCCAAUCCCUUAGCGUAGCGUCAACAUAAUAUAAUAUUUUUGCAAAGAUUGUAAACCACUUUAUAUAAAUUACUUUUUAUUUGUUUUGUUCCCUGUGUAAUCUGUGGUAAUCUUUCUUCGAUUUAAUUAUUAAUUUAUGUUAAUAUCUAAUUUAUUAAGAUAUUAAAAAUAUGCUCAUGUAUGUAAACACACGAAUUUUCCAUUAAAAUAUUAUAUUAAAGCAUUUUUAUUAAAUUAAUUUAUUCAACCAUAUCGCCCGAAGUUACCAGCGGAGGUCUGAGGUAUUUAUUAAACAUACUUAAAAAUACUUAAUAAACUACGAUCACAAUGUUUUAGUAACAAUGACAAGGAAUUGAGCAAAACUUGUCUACACUCUAGAUACAUUUAUAAAUAAUAAUUAUUGGCAAUUUAAAAUUUUAUAGAUUAACUAAUCAAAACAAAUUGACA